UUCUGCAGCACUGUACGUCCGACGAGCAUGUGACGCUGCUCUUCGCGAACAUCACCGAAUGGGGCGCUAAGGUUCGCAGCUUUGUGAACAGUCACAAGCACACCUACGCCAUCGUGGGGCUGGUCGAGACGCAUGUCCCCGACACCAAGUGCGCCCACUGGAAAGAGGAACUCAGGAAGGACGGGUGGAGGCUCUCGUUCAAGGCAGGCUUUGCUUCUGGGAGGUCGGACUCAGGCAUCUCGGCAGGGGAGUGGCUCCUCACGCGCUGUCACUUGGCCGCUACACAGUUUGAUAGACUGAGGGACCAGGCGAUUGCCGACUCGCGCAUGGAUCCCUUUAAAGGCUUCUCGGCCACCACGCUACACCUCAAGUCGGGCAACCUCGUCUACAUUGCAGCGUACUUGCUACCGUCACUGGGGAUCGCUCAGUACAACAAUGAGGUGUUGGUGGCAUUGGGCGCAUUUACCAAAGCUCUGGCAGAUCCUUGGGUGAUUGUGGCGGACUGGAACAACGAACCGCAGAGUCUAUUGGAUAGUGGAUGGGUUGACAGGCUCAGAGGUCGGCUAGCGCUUCCUAACUGCAAGUUCACGUGCGACAAGGGGCAGGGACGCAUGUAUGAUUAUGCCAUUGUCUCUAAGCAGCUUACUUCGGACCGCAUCAGGCUCAGGCAAGUUUUAGCUGUUCCUUGGAAGACUCAUUGCGCUAUUGCCAUUGAUGUGCUGGACGCCAAGCGUACUUGGUGGCAUAGGUCGCUGGAACUGCCAGAGCCGCUACCCAGGGCCAACCGCCCUCAGCAAGAGCCAAACCCAGACAGCAAGCGAUCCCAGAAGCGCAAGCAGGUGGCAGAUGCACGCAGACAGGAACUCCCCGAAGAGCUGCGCGAGGCCUUCGACGACCUGCCAUCUCAGGAGCCACAGCCAGAAGGCCCCAAGGUCGCGUUCAAGUUGGAGCAGGAAGCAUGGCUCCAGAUCUAUGGCGAAUUGGAGCAGGAUACCUUCAGACCACGAACAGCGGCAGCACAGUUGUCGACAGGUCGACCUCACAUGUGCGACCCUGUAGCCGAAUGGUGGGGGAUCGCCUCCACGCUGCUUGCUCGAGGCGUGGCCUUGACACGCUCAGGCAGGGACCCUCCAGAGGCGGAGAAGUGCCUCGCGGGCUUUCGGUCCAUGGUCCAGGGCCUGACAGACACCAAGCAGCAGGAAUUCUUCGGGAAGAAGGCCUUGACCACCACAGUGCAAGAGUGGAAGGACGCUGCCCAGCAGGCGCCGCACCUCAGCCAGACUGAGUUGGAGCAGCUCCAGGUGCACGCCAACACGUGGGUCGACCGCGCCCAGGGGCGCUCAUUAGUCAAGUCUCGCCAAGCCUUCAUGGACUGGGCGAAGCAGAUGUGGGCCAAGAG